AUGGCGGUCAGUCAAUCGGUGGUUGGCCGUAACAAUGCGGAGAAGCCUCAUGGCCUUGUCGGUAUGCUGAAGAACCCCUAUGUCUUCGCUACCUGUCUUUUCGCCUCUCUGGGCUGCACUAUGUACGGAUACGAUCAAGGUGUGAUGGGACCCAUUCUUGUGAUGGAGAACUUCAAAAACCACUUCCCCUACUUUGAGAACUCUACAAUUCAGGGUUGGUUAGUGGCGGCCUUGGAGCUGGGUGCAUGGGCUGGUGCUCUGAUUAAUGGUGUUCUCGCCGAUCGAAUCUCCCGAAAGUACGCUAUGAUGGUGGCUGUCGUUAUCUUCACAUUGGGAACUGGUCUACAGGCUGGUGCCCAGACUCCAGCUUACUUUUUUGCUGGUCGUAUCAUCGGUGGUGUUGGUAUCGGUAUGUUCAGCAUGGUUAUUCCUCUAUACCAGGCCGAGAUUGCCCCACCCGAGUUGCGUGGAUCUCUGGUCUCUCUGCAGCAACUUUCAAUCACUAUCGGAACUACCAUUGCCUUCUGGCUGGACUAUGGGAUGCAGUAUAUCGGCGGUGUUGCCUGCAACCCCGAAGGAAUCGCCAACCCCUACCUCGCCGACGGCACCUACAAUACGGCCCAAAAUCAUGGUCACACUUGCCUAGGCCAAAAGACCAUCUCUUGGCGACUACCACUGGCAUUGCAAAUUAUCCCUGCCUGGAUUCUGUUUUUUGGAAUGUUCUUUUUCCCAUUCUCCCCUCGCUGGCUCAUGAUGAAGCACCGAGAUGAAGAAGCUCUUUCUUCGCUUUCAAAGCUCCGCCGGUUACCCGCCGCCGAUCCAGUUGUUAGAGCUGAAUUCCUCGAAAUCAAGGCCGCUGUUAUGUUUGACGAGGAGACCGAACGUGAAGCCAUUGGCUCCGGUGGGGUCCUUGCUCCCUGGAAGGCAUUGUUUGCCCCCAAUAUGAUCAAGCGUCUCAUGGUCGGUUGCUGUACCAUGGUUUUCCAACAAUUUACUGGUAUCAAUGCAGUCUUGUAUUACGCACCCCAGAUUUUCGGCAGUUUUGGCUUUUCUUCUACCAAGACAACCCUUCUGGCUACUGGUGUGACUGGUAUUUUGCAGAUCAUCUUCACCUUGCCCUCUGUGCUGUGGUUGGAUAAGUUUGGCCGCAAGACAUUUUUGAUUGUUGGUGCCGCCGGCAUGUUCUUGUGUCACAUUGUCGUUGCCAUUGUCGAGGGUCUGUUUGAAGAUAAAUGGAACCUAAACGAAGGGCUUGCAAAGCCACAGGGAUGGGUAGCAAUCGCCUUUAUCUGGCUCUUCGCCGUGAAUUUCGCUUACUCUUGGGGUCCCGUGGCUUGGGUUUUGGCGCAGGAAAUUUUCCCUAAUAGCCAGCGUUCCCGUGGUGUGGCCAUCGUUGCAUCCACCAACUGGAUGUUCAACUUUGUCAUCGGAUUGACGACUAAGGACAUGCUGGAUACUAUGAAAUAUGGUACUUACAUUUUCUUUGCUGUCUUCAGCGGGUUGGGUGGCCUGUUUAUCUGGAAAUUUGCACCGGAGACCAAGGAUAAGACUCUUGAAGAGCUGGACAUCUUCUUUGGUAAAGGUAUGGAUAGUAUUGCUGAGGCCGAUCGUGUUCGCAUGCAGAGGAUCAACGAGACACUAGGCUUGGCUGGUGUAGAGAACCUUGAAGAUCUGAAGACCGAGAAGGAGAUCACUGCGGAACAGGUCGAACUUUAA